AAAAGCCGUCCGUACCGAGCCGGCACCGCAGUUACGAGCGGACCUCUGAACGGAGCGGAACUAGCAAGUCCGCGAAACAUCCCCCCAGCACGAGAUGGGCCUGCCGCGAAUCAGAAGUCUAGUGGCACCGUUGUGCUUCCUACUGUUGGCCAGCAGCUGGCUAGUGAGCGAUGUAGACUGUGCGAAGAAGGCGGCAGCGAGUGCGCCGGCCGCGGCCCCCGAGGCCACGAUCGAGGAAGUUUCGGCGAAGCAGCUGGAGCGGUUACUAGAGGAUAAGGAUUACGUUGCGGUGUACUGGUAUGCCCGUAGCUGUACAACCUGUGACACAGUAUUAGCAGAGCUAGAGCACAUCGACGAUGAUACCGAUUCGUUCGGUGUCGACUUUGUGAAAAUCAACGACAAACGACUCGCGAAACAGUAUGGCAUCACCAAGUUCCCGGCCCUCACCUACUUCAGGGAGAAGGAACCGAUCAUCUACGAGGGUGACCUCAUGGAUGAGGCCGGUGUGCUCGACUUCCUCACCUCCCUGGAAGCGAUGGAUCUGCCCGACCGGAUCGAGGAAGUGAACGCCAAGAUUCUGUCGAAGAUCAUCGAAGACUCCGACUACGUUGCGGUGCUGUUCUGCACUGAUCACGAAAACUGCCCACCCGGAAACAACAACAAGCCGGAAUGCAAGAAGUGCAUCAAGGCGCUGCAGGAGCUGGAAAACAUCGACGACGAGGCGGACCAGCUGGACAUUGGAUUCGUGAAGAUUCACGACGAAGAUCUGGCCGAGGAGUACAACCUAGGCCCACUGCCAAAGCUGGUCUACUAUCGCCACCAGACUCCGAUCGUGUACGAGCACGAGCUGCAGCGUGAGGAGGACGUGCUGGAAUGGCUGGUCGAGAACAAGGCCACCGGUGACGAUGAUGAUGUCAUCGAGGAGGUCAACGCCAAGACGCUCAAGACUCUGAUCCAGAACAUCGACAAUCUGGUCGUGCUGUUCUUCGACGAUGAAGAUGAAGAUUCGGAAGCGGUGCUGGCAGAGUUGGAAAACAUCGACGAUGACUGCGCCAAGCACGGUAUCCAGUUUGUCCGGAUCGACGACCCGAAGGUCUCGAAGGAAUACGGCAUCGAUGAGGUCCCAGCGAUCGUAUACUUUGAGAAGCAGAUUCCCAACGUCUACGAUGACGAUCUGACCGAUGAGGAGGAGAUCCUAGAAUGGUUGCUCUCGCAGCUGGAGAAGGACGAGAUCGAGGAUGUUACCGACGAGAUGCUGGACAAGCUGAUCAAGGAAGGCAAAUCGAUCGCCGUUCUGUUCUAUGACAACAAUGACAAGAAAUCGGAAAAGGUGUUGAACGAGCUCGAAAACAUCGACGAUGAGUGCGAUCAGCUCGGCAUUAACUUUGUCAAGAUGGAUGACGUCGAGGAGGCGAAGGACUACGGUGUCACCAAGUUCCCGAAGCUAGUCUACUUCGAGCAGGGCAUCCCGACCGUCUACGAGGGUAGCCUCGAGCAGGAAGAGGAUGUGCUGGAGUGGCUGGAGCGUCAGACUAGCAGCGACGAAAUUGAGGACGUUACGGAUGAGAUGCUGGACAUGAUCGUGGAGAAGAUGCAGCAUGUUGCUGUGCUGUUCUACGACAAGGACUCGAAGACGUCCCAGAAGGUGCUGGCUGAGCUGGAGAACAUUGAUGACGAGUGCGAUCAGAAUGAUAUUGCCUUCGUCAAGAUCGAUGACGAUAAUGAGGCCAAGGAGUGGGGCAUUGAGGAACUUCCUACUAUGAUUCUGUUUGAGCGCGGCAUUCCGCACAUCUACGAAGGUGAUCUGCUGAAGGAGGAAGAGCUGCUUGGCUGGCUGGUGCAUCAGAAGCGUCACUCCGAAAUUCCUGAAAUCACCGACGAGAUGAAGGACAAGCUGAUGCAGAUGUACGAUCACGUUGCUAUCAUCUUCUACGACAAAGACGACAAGCAGGACAUCCGCGUGCUGAACGAGCUGGAAAACAUUGACGAUGAGCUGGAAAAGGAAGAGAUUGUCAUUGCCCGUCUCGACAACGCCGAAGAAGCGCGCGAGUACGGUCUCGACCAUCUGCCCGCCCUGGUGUAUUUCGAGAACGAAAUCCCGGCCAUCUACGAGGGUGAUCUGAUGAACGAGGAGGAAGUGCUCGAAUGGCUCAAGCUGCAGAAGUACUCAGCCACCAUCGAGGAGGUGACGGACGAAAUUCUGCAGGAUCUGAUCGACGAUCACGAGUACGUGUGCGUGUACUUUAGCGGCGCGUGCGAGGAGGGUGAAAAGUGCGACAAGAUUCUGGACGAUCUCGAAAACAUCGACGAUGAGCUGGAUGAGGCCGGCAUCAUCUUUGUUACCACCGAAGAUAUGGUCACUGCCAAGAAGUACAACAUCAAGAACCUGCCAUCGCUGGUGUUCUUCCGCAACAAGGAUCCGCUGAUCUACUCGGGCGAUCUGAACGACGAGGAUGAGGUUCUGGCCUGGCUGACCGAUGAGGAAACGCUCGAAAUUCCCGGCAAGAUUGAGGAAGUGAACAUCAAGAUGCUGGAGAAGAUCCUGUCCGAAAACGAGCACAUUGUUGUGUUCUUCUAUCAUGACGAUGACAAGAAGGCCCAGAAGAUCAUUGCCGAGCUGGAAAACAUCGACGACGAGUGCGAGGAGAAAGACAUCGAUUUCGUCAAGACGUCCGACGAAGACAUCGACAAGGAGUACGAUCUCGAAACGCUGCCCGCCCUGGUGUUCUAUCGCAACAAGUUCCGCACGAUCUACACCGGCGACAUGAUGAAGGAGGAGGAGAUCCUUGAAUGGGUGCUGGAGCAGUACAACACCAAGCCCGAGAUCAUCGAAUCGGUUGACCGCAAAACGCUGCAAGUGUUGGUAAACGAGGUUGAACAUCUGGCUGUACUGUUCUACGAUGACGACUGCGAAACCUGCCCCAAAAUUCUCGAGAAGCUGGAAACCAUCGAUGACGACACGGACAAGCACCACAUCCAGUUUGUGAAGGCUAACGAUGAGAAGCUGGCCCACGAGAUCGGAAUCUUCUCGUUCCCGGCCCUGGUAUAUUACGAAACCGGUGUCCCGAUUAUGUAUGAUGGUAAUCUCAAGAACGAAAAACGCAUCUUGCAGUGGCUAAUUGAUCACAAAAACAAUAAGCUACCGAAGCCGAAACUUCGCAAACGCUACACCGACGGUGUGGAAGAUCUCGAUCGCGAGGAUCGUAUCGAUAAGAAGCGCUCCGGUGGCAAGAAGCUGAAGCCCAUUCCGAGGCUGGAUGCGGUAGAGCAGCCGAAGGCGCCCGGUGCAGGUGCAGGCACCUCCGGCAAGGACUCCGGCAAGAGCAAGACGACCAAGUCCGCUCCGGCCCCAGCGCCGCCGGCUAGCAAGUCCGGCAAGAGUGGCACCGGCAAGGCUGCCCCGUCACCCUCCAAGGGAUCCAACGUUGCGAAAAAGACUACCCGUGAUGUCGAUGAUGACGAAGGUGACCUGCUGAACGAAUACGACGUGCUGGAUUGGAUGCACGGACAGAAGACGGACGAAAGCAUCCAGGAGGUGGAGCGAGACGAACUGUUGAGCCUGAUCGAUACCCAAGACUUCCUCGGGGUUGUAUUCUAUGUCGAGGAUGAUCCCAACACGCCCAAGAUUCUGCGCCACAUUGAGCUGAUCGAUGACGAGGCGGCCGACUACGGUAUCCUGCUGGUGAAGUGCAGCGACCGUCUGAUGGCAAAGAAGUUUGGCUUCCGCAACCCGCCCGGUGUGACCUACUUCCGGAAGGGAAAAUCGAUCAACUACGACGGUGACAUCGACGACGAGGAGGAACUGCUCGACUGGCUGACCGAUCCGCACAACAUGGAGAUGACCGACCACAUCGAGAAGGUUAACCGAAAGAUGUUCCAGAAGAUUCGCCAAGCAUCGGACUAUUUAGCUGUGUUCUUCUAUAGCGACGAUUGCAAGCAGUGUCCACGGGUGCUGGCCGAGAUCGAACACAUCGAUGACGAGGCGGACGGUGCCGGCAUUAACUUUGUCAAGAUCGACGACAAGCAGAUGGCGAAGGAGCUCGGUGUGUACGCGCUGCCCGGUAUCGUUUUCUUCAAGCUGUCAUCAAAGGAACCUGUCAUCUACGCAGGCGAUCUUAACGAUGAAGACGAAAUCUUGAACUGGUUAAUGACACAGAAGAACCCCGGCGGUGAUGUCAUCGAGGAUUUGGAUGGACCGAAACUGCUGGCUCUCAUCGAAGAUUCCAACGCAUUGGCUGUGUACUUCUACAAAUUCAAAUCACCCUCGUACUGCCGAAGUUUUUGUUCCGCGGAAAACAUCCGCAAGCGAAAGGAAUUUGCACGGGAAGGAAUUUCAGACAAGAUCAAUUGCAACAUUUGCGAUCAGAUCCUGGAGGGUUUGGAGGUGAUCGACGACGAGCUGGAUGUGUUCGGUAUACACAUGGUAAAGAUUCAGGAUCCACAGCUGGCGAAGCGCUACUCCAUCAAGACAUUCCCGGCGCUGGUGUACUUCAGAAACGGUAACCCACUGAUCUACGAGGGUGAUCUUCAGAACGAGCAGUCCGUGCUGGAGUGGCUGGUGGACGAUGACAACCGUGAGCUGGCGGACGAGAUCGAGGAAGUUAACGAGCGUAUGCUGGAUCGGUUGAUGGAACAGUCGCCACUGCUGUGUGUGUUCUACUACGAUGAAGACUGUGCCGAGUGUGACGACAUCCUGGAGGAGCUGGAGCUGAUCGACGGUGAGGUGGACCUGUACGGUAUCGACUUCGUCAAGGUGGCCAGCCUGGACGCGGCACACAAGUAUGGCGUCACGACGAUCCCGUCGCUGGUGUACUACCGCAAGCAGAUCCCGAUGCUGUACGACGGUGACAUGCACGAUCACGAGCGUGUCAUGAACUGGCUCACGUCGCAGGACGUGUUCGAGAUCAAGAACGAAAUCGAGGAGGUGAAUCGCAAGAUGCUGAACAAGCUGCUGGACGAGAACGAAUUCUUGGCCGUCUAUUUCUUCGAGGAAGAUCACGAGGAGAGCGAGGCCGUGCUGGAACGGCUCGAGCUGAUCGACAGCGAAACGGACAACCUGGACAUUACCUUCGUCAAGAUGGGCGAUCCGCGGUACGCGCGCAAGUGGGGCGUCACCAAGCUGCCCGCGAUCGUGUACUUCCGCAAGCGCUUCCCCAGCAUCUACCGGGGCGACAUGUACGACGAGCAGGACGUGCUCGAGUGGCUGCGCAAGAACCGAUUCCGCCAGCCGGAGCUGAACAUCUUCAUGUACGCACUGAUCGCGCUCGGACUCGGGUUCGUCAUCUACACUGCAUUUUUGCUACAGUGCUUCAAGCCUGCCCCGCCCGCACCGGUACCGCAUCCGAAGCAAAACUAAUGCUAGGCGAACCGGCCGGGCGCACUCUCUCUUUAGGGUACAUAUUCUUCCAGUGUAAGCGUUAGACAGACAGAGAAAAAAAAUGCAGCCGAACAAUCAAGUGCAGCUACGAUCGUUAGUUGAUCGUGCUCGAUAGAGUGUGGACAAAAGUGGCGGGGCGAAGAAGGGCGGCAGCGUGAGACCCAUAUUCGAAGAGGCGGACAUUUGUUGGGUCGAUCUUUUCCCAUUUUUGUUUCUGCGUAUCCUUCCCUCUCUCACCAACCUCCGCCGUUCCAUUGAUCCACAGAACAACUGCCCCGGAAAAGCGGACACCGAACUAAGCAAGAAGAGAUGCGAAGAUGAGAUAAAAUGAUUUAAUUUUGUUAUGGUAAAACAAUGCAACGUAUGCAAACUGUGGAGAGGAGCUGAAGCAGCAGAACAAGAGAAGAAAAACAAACAAAACAGACCAAAGAUGAGCAAUAAACAAAUUGAUCGAUAAUUUACAACAUGUUCUUCGCUGUGAUCAUGAUGAUGAUAAAGAUGAUGAUGAAGAUGAUGAUAACGAACAAGACGACAUAACCCAUAACGUUAAAGCAAAUCCCUUUGGGGAUGAAAAACAAACAUAAAACAAAAGCAGGAUAAAGUAGCUGAAAACAAAACUUGCAUCCUUUUUUGGUAAAAAAGAGAGAAAAAUUGUGAAACUUAAAACAAAAAAAAAGUGUAGAGGAUGAACACACGAAAUCGUAUCGAACUGAGCUAUUGACACGGACCUGCUCAUAGUGCAUGCAUUUUUGUUCCGUUUCGGAGAAAUUCAACGUGUAACGUUAACGUAACACAACGUGUAACGUUAACGUACUACAAGAAGAAGCUCAACAGCGCAUCCCACAGCGUGUCGCGGAUGUUAUACCGUUCAGAGGGAGAGAAAUACACGGCUCACGAUAUACUUUACUCGGUUCCACUGGGUUCCAUCGCACGUGCACCACACGAUCGAGGAUGUGUGUCCCUCUUUUGCCAAAAGCACGCGUGUCUAAGUGUGUGUGUGUGUUUAUGCAAAAGCGUGCUGCAUCACAUCCCGAGUGUUUAGUGUGUGUCUGUGUGUGUAUGGGCGCACGACAGUGCGAACAACCAAAAUUUGCGAAAAGACACUACCGAAACGACAUGAGAUACUGACGACGACAAAACGACAGGCCACCAGUUUCAGAGGUAGCGCCAGCUGCUUCAGCCUAAGCAGCUGUCUACUGUUGUGUGCAACCUGUUAGAAGUUUAGUAAUUUUAGAAAAGGUUUUUGUUUCCGUUUGACCUUCCGCUGUUGUGUUUGUGCCCUUUAUCGAUUAGUUUAUUUAAAGUAAAAACAUAUGUUGUCUGUGUUUUUUUUGUGUACUGUUUUGUGCUAUGCACUCGUAGCGUAGCAGUUCUCUUUCUGUCUCUGUAUCCUGUUUAUAUAUUAAGACUUUUAAUGCCAGAAACUCUUCAUAGCCUCUUUUAAAGAAUGAUUCAAAAUGUUCUUUUGCUUGAUGUUACCAGCUCUCCUAUUUCCUGUAAAACAGUGCCAAAUUGACGAAAAAAACGAAACACUGAUUUAAGAAAAAAAAAAACAACAUGAAUGUCGUAAAAACAAACUGUAAUAACGUUAAACGGACAUUAAUAUGCCUCACAAAACAGAAUAAUAAUAAUGCGUCAUAAAUGCUGUAAAUAAAAUGCAAGCUUCCUCGUAAGUUGGUAGCAAACUAAA